CUGAUUGGCUGACUCUGCCGAGGAAGGCGAGAUGCGCCGGAGCCUGAGCCUUCACACUUUGGCUGGCCCCGCCUCCCACUGCGCGCACAUGCGUUCUUCGGCUGGAACGGUGGUCUGGCGUUCGAUCUGAGUGGUUCCUGCCCUGAGGUGACAUGGAAGGGCUUCUGAGAAGAUGGAGGGGCUUUUCUGGCAUACUGUUGGCCUGCUGCCCACUGGCACAGUAUCCUCUUUGCAGGUCUUACCAUCAUCCCCCAGGCAGAGCAAAACGUCUGGUGCUGUCUCGUUUUUUCCAGCCUCAGAACCUCCGAGAUGAUCAGGUGGUCGGACUGGAGAGCAGGUCGGCCGAGCUGACCUGUAAGAGCCAGAGGCUGAUGCUACAGACCGGGCUGAUUCACCCUGCCGGCCCUGGCUGUUACCACUACCUGCCUUAUACUGUCCGAGCCAUGGAGAAGCUGAUCAGGGUGAUAGACCAGGAGAUGCAGGCCAUCGGCGGGCAGAAGCUAGACAUGCCCACCCUGAGCCCAGCUGAGCUCUGGAGAGCCACCGGCCGGUGGAGCCUCAUGGGCAAAGAGCUCUUCCAGCUGCAGGAUCGACACAACAAAGAAUACUGCUUGGGACCGACGCAUGAGGAGGUCAUCACCAGCCUGGUGGCCUCUCAGAAGACCCUGUCCUACAAGCAGCUCCCCCACAUCCUCUAUCAGGUCACACGGAAGUUCCGGGAUGAGCCCAGACCCCGCUUUGGCCUCCUGCGAGGCCGGGAGUUUUACAUGAAGGACAUGUACACCUUCGACUGCUCUUCGGAAGCUGCUCACCAGACAUAUGAGCUGGUGUGCGGUGCUUAUGGCAGGGUGUUUGGGCGGCUCGGCCUUCAGUUUAUUAAGGUGCAGGCCGCCGUGGGGAGCAUUGGCGGGACGAUGUCUCAUGAGUUUCAGCUCCCCUUGAACAUUGGAGAAGACGUGCUUGCCAUCUGCUCACAUUGCAGUUUCACAGCCAAUGUUGAGACACUGGACCCCAAGCAGCCAACGUGCCCUGUCUGCCAGGGGAAAUUGACGGAAACCAAAGGUGUUGAGGUGGGGCACACCUUUUACCUGGGCACCAAGUACUCUUCUGUAUUCAAUGCCGAGUUUGUCAAUGCUCAGGGAAAGCCUUCCCUGGUAGAAAUGGGGUGCUAUGGCUUAGGCGUCACCCGCAUCCUAGCUGCAGCCAUCGAAGCACUUUCCACAGACGAGUGUAUCCGCUGGCCUGGCCUACUUGCCCCUUACCAAGUGUGCCUGAUUCCCCCAAAGAAGGGCAGCAAAGAAGAGAGAGGAAUAGAGGUGAUGGAGACUCUCUAUGACAAUAUCACGGAAGCCUUGCCCCAGCUGCAGAGUGAGGUCUUGCUUGAUGACAGGACACAUUUGACCAUUGGAAACAGAUUGAAAGAUGCCAACAAACUUGGCUACCCCUUUGUUGUGAUAGCCGGCAAGAGAGCCUUGGAACAGCCCUUCCAUUUUGAGGUUUGGUGUCAGAGCACUGAUGAGGUGGUCUUCCUCCCCAAACAAGGGGUGAUUGAUUUGCUGCGUAAAAUACCGGUUAUCUAAAGGCACGGUCUCUGCUCCUUGCUAGGUCCUAGGUUAUGUCCUUUCACAGUUGUGUUGUAGGCUGUUCUCCCUAGAAGCAGUGCAGCUCCUAGGAGGUAGUGAAGCUUCAUCAUUCAUUCAUUCAUUCAGGGAACAUCAUCACUCGUUCAUAUAAAAAGAAAGGAAUUUGAUUUCUCCACUGACUGUCUACUUGCUCUACUUUAAAUCAGCAGAACCUUCUGUGAUGUGAGAAGCUUGCUCGUGGCAGGCAGUUCUUCGUCUUUAACUUCAAGGCCAAGGUUCCCACUCCAUGCCAACUGGAAAGUUGAGCCAAUUAGAUGGGAGACCAGAUGAGAAAGUUCCCCUGGAGACCUUAGCCCUAAUUAGACUGGACUAAGAGCCUGAGCUCAUUUCCUCCUGAUUCAUGAGGCCAAGCUGCUGGAUUAUGAGCCUCAGAUAUAAAAAAUGUUCAUUUUUAGCCUCUGUCAUGUUUUGCCCUGUUAACAGGUCCAGCCAAAUAACCACAGGUAUGGAGCCGGGAUUAGAGAGCCAAAGACUUCUGAUUUGCUACCUAGUGUGUCUGCCAUUGGCUCUUCUUACUACUGGGGACCCUCAAAUCUUGUGCUCUUGUGAUGGUGCUUUGCUGUCUACCUCAGGAAUGCAGUGACCACAGAUGCCGUCUGUAAAAUGAUUCCAUCCCCUUGGAGGAGUCAGUAGGGACACAGGCGCCGUGUCCCCAACCUGCUGUUGUCCUGGACUUGCCGACUUUGUUGCCAUCAAUGGAUGGCACGGGGAUGUUGGCAACAUACCAGGUACAGGCUGUAUUAUCCCUGGCUCUUCCUGAGGACUUGUGAAAGGAGAUGCAGAGAGAAUAUUGAGCAGAAUUAACAAAGGGACAAAAAUUGGCCAGCAUUAUAACACCAGUCAUGGAUUCCUUCCACGUUUUAGUGGGAAUGAAGCUUGUGUUGUCAUGAUGCUUUCAGAUUUGCAAAGCACUGUCCUCACAACAUCCCUGGAAGGUGAAGGUUUGAGAAGAUUCAUGUUCUUAUUUACAGAUGAGAAACUGAGGCACAGUGACUUGCCCCAGAGUCUCCUAAUGAAUUAGUGUCAGAGCUGGGCCUUGAACCCAAGUCUUCUGACCGUGACCAGAACUACUUUCAUCUCAGCAAUAAAGGAAAUUUGCAGAAAUUGGUAAACUUUGGGUGUGUUUUAACCAUGUAAGGGCUUUCCCUCUUCCUCCCCUCUUCUGCAUCCCUUCUCCGGUCUUUCAUUUGUUUCCUGGAUACUUGGAACGAUCAGUGAAGGACACCCAAGGGUUUAUUAUCUCCGAGAUGGGUAGAGGGUCUUUGAAAGAAAAUGAGGCAAUUUCCUGUUCGCUUAUAAAGGGCCAUUCACCUUUAUGGUUUACAGCACAAACUGAUGACUAGGAGAAGUUCCAAGGUGUAUCAUUGCACAGUGAGAAGGUCUUUCAGGACACUCUUGGACAGCCCUCAGAUGAAGGGUGCAGUUGUAAAGGUUUAACCCCUGAGCAACCAGAACCCCAUGCAGCCCAAGACUGGCAGAACUGCCAGCUCAGGCUGGGUCACUCCUAUAGUGUGGACUCAGCUAUGCUGGGGGGGGGGGGUCAACCUGGUGACGGAGGAAGAAAAUCCUGGAUAAAUGCCUAUCUCCAGUGACUUGAAAGUGUGCUCUUAAUAGUUUUAUUAAUGUAUGCGGGAAUAUCAGAUCUUUUCUCCUAAUUGGUUUUGUUUGGCUAAGUUUUUUGAUAAAAAAACUGAUGAUUUUAAUGUAAGAGAUGUUCAAGUCCAGAGGUACCACCCAAGAAUAGGGAAUUGCCAAGUAUAAUUGUUACCAAGGUCUUCCUUGUAUGGAGCCAACUGGAAUCAUAGGAUUUAGAGGUGGA